AUGUUGCGAAAGUUGUAUGUUGCAGAGGGUAUCCGUCAGCGUUUGAUUAUAAAAGAUCCGAAGAGGGAAGACGAUGGCUUAUUGAUCACUAAGCCAUUUUCGCCGUUUUUAGAGCAAAUCAAAGUGUUUAUUCAUGCACCAGGUCCAGUAGUGCCAGCGUACCGUGCAUACAUCGCUAUUCUUGCCAUUGAAAGUUCGUUAUAA